AUGACCUCCAAUCCGCGCAUCGUUUUUGCCAAACGCCCCGCUCCCCAUGAACUACCCAAGAUUGGCGAGCAUCUCAUAUUUGACGAAUCGCGGACUAUUGAUCUCGAAAACGUCCCUCUCAAUGGCGGAUUUUUAACAAAGACUUUGAUCUUGAGCCCUGAGCCUGCUAUGCGGGAACGCAUGCGCGAUCCAUCAAUUCCAAGUUAUACCACAACGUUCAACGUCGGCGGACCGAUCCUUGGAUUCGGUGUAGUGGUGGUCCUUCGCUCUGAGAAAGAUGGGUUCAAGCCGGGCGACUAUCUAUACGGAUUAACGGUCUGGGAGGCAUACACCGUGCAGCCCUACAUCGAUGGGCGCGUCAACUUCAAAGCAGAAGAAUGGUCCCCCGGCACAUUCGACAUGGACUCUCUUGCCCUGCAAGUCGUCCCGAAUCCAAACGGUCUCUACCCAUUAUCGAAGUACACCAGCAUUAUGGGAACGCCAGGGCUGACUGCGUUUGUCGGUAUGGAGGGCAUCAUUGAUGGAAAAGAGGGAGAAACGCUGUUCGUGUCGUCGGGAGCAUCUGCAGUGGGAAGUAUGGUAAUUCAACUCGCGAAGCUCAAGGGGAUGAAAGUUAUUGCCUCUGCGGGCUCGGACGCAAAGGUGGAGUACAUGCGCUCCCUGGGAGCGGACUUGCCCUUCAACUACAAGAAAGUCAGCUAUGCUGAGUUUCUCAAGAAACACGGUCCUAUCAAUAAGUUCUGGGACAAUGUCGGCGCGGAAGCGCUGGACGCCGCGCUGGAGUCAAUCACUUCCUACGGAAAGAUGGCAAUCUGCGGUACAUCAGGCACAGAUGCGACACCGCCUAAUGAACAUUACCGUUUGAAGAACGCAUACCUGAUCAUGAAAAAAUGCAUCAACAUUCGUGGCUUCAUUGUCCCGGACCUCAUCCCCCAAUUCAUUGGGAAGUUUUUCGAGACCGUUCCCGCCCUCAUGGCUCAAGGCAAGCUGCGCAGUGAGGAGACGGAGUACGAUGGAAUCGAGAGUGCACCACAAGCGUUUAUCGACACCUUGUCUAGCGGUCAUCAAAAAGCUGGAACUCUUGUCGUUGUAGUUGCGCGAGACUAA